CGCUUCUCUCCUCGAAGUGUACCGACAUGCUGCACCUUUACACCGGCUGACAGAUGGGCUAACGCCAGCUUUCUUAUAACAGAUAAGUGACCGAAAUUUCAGACAUCAGCUGCCAAGAAUGGCCGUAGCCUCUUUAACUUCAAUUGUUUUUUUCUGCUGGAUUAGCUUAGGUAAUGUAUAUGGAGAUGAAAAGGUAUACUCUGACAAUAUUACGCGCAUUUUGGACAGACUUUUGGAUGGUUAUGACAACAGAUUGCGACCUGGUUCUGGAGGUGGUGUUACAGAGGUGAAAACAGACAUAUUUGUCACCAGCUUUGGACCUGUUUCAGAUGUUGAAAUGGAGUACACAAUGGAUAUGUUCUUCCGUCAAAUGUGGGUUGAUGAGCGGCUAAAAUUUGAGGGGCCCAUUGAAAUCCUGCGUCUGAAUAAUCGCAUGGUGGAUAAGAUCUGGACGCCAGACACUUUCUUUAGAAACUCCAAGAAAUCCAUUUCCCACAAUAUGACCACACCCAACAAGCUCUUCCGCAUUAUGCAGAAUGGGACUGUCCUCUACACCAUGAGACUGACAAUUAGUGCAGAGUGUCCAAUGAGGCUGAUGGAUUUCCCCAUGGAUGGUCAUUCUUGUCCUCUUAGGUUUGGUAGUUAUGCGUACACCAGCAGUGAAAUUAUUUUCACUUGGAAGAAGGGGCUAAUAGCUUCCGUUGAGUGCCCCAAAGAAUCAAUGAGUCUUCUUCAGUAUGAUCUAGUGGGACAGACUUUAUCAAGUGAGAUAUUAAAGUCAAACACAGGUCACUACUCCACGCAGGUGGUCCAUUUCCAUCUCCAGAGAAAGCUCGGUUACUACCUCAUACAGACUUAUAUCCCUCUUAUAAUGGUUGUUGUAUUGUCACAAGUCUCAUUUUGGAUCAACAAAGAAUCUGUUCCCGCUCGCACAGUUGCUGGCAUCACCACAGUGCUGACCAUGACCACUUUAAGCAUGAGCGCACGACAGUCUUUGCCCAAAGUAGCCUAUGCAACGGCCAUGGAUUGGUUUAUUGCUGUGUGUUUUGCCUUUGUUGCAUCGGCUCUAGUUGAAUUUGCAGCAGUAAACUACUUCGCUACCUUGCAGGCCAACCGUCUGAAGAAACUGAGAGCCAGACAAGACAGGCUGGAGGUAUUGGCUGCUGGUAGCGAGGAUGAUGACACGAUUUCGUCGGACAGCAGCCCACAGGAAGGCCUGAAAAGGAGAAACCACUCAGUGAGCUGCAGUGAGCCAGGAGAUAUUCCGCCUAUGUCGAAUUUCCUCCAGCAAGGUUCAGCUUUUCCACAAAUCCCACAGCUGGCUGGGACCAGUCCCAUUGACAUGUAUGCCCGCAUCCUCUUCCCUCUGACAUUCGCUCUUUUCAACCUUGUCUAUUGGUACAUCUACCUGGUCAAGGACACCAUGGAGAGGGCCAGGGAUUUGGAUCUUGAAAACUAAGAAGACUUGGAGAGGGGGCACGUGCAGCCUGAGAGAGCAGCCAGCCUCACCUCACACUCCCUUCUCCAUGAGCAAGCUCUCAUCAUUCACUGUGCUCUCAUCUGACAGAGGAAAUGAAUCAGAAACUCAUUUAUUCUCCGGCUGCCUAUCUAUUCAAUUCACAGGCUGUGACCACUGCCCACUUGUGUUCUGAUCAGUUACUGACAAGCUGCUCUUCACAAGGCCUCAUCCACUUUAAACUACACCACAUAAAAUAAUAACUUCUUACGCUGAGACAGUCACCACACACAAGCAGGAUGCUCAGACACACAAACUAGAAAACACAUCAAAAAGAUGGGGAUGAUAUAAUCUAUGAUGGCUGUAACUGCUGGUGAUGCAACAGUGAACCAAUGCUUUUAGAAGCCUGCCCUCUACAGAAGCACAGCUCCCACUACAACAAGAUCAAAGACAGUUUAGAAGAGGCUUGCAUCCCUCUUUGCAGCUUCAAAAAUUUGUUCAAACCUAAGAAAAUGAAUUGUAGGACUGUAUUUUCCAUCCCACCUUUCUGCUCUGUGCUCCCCUUGCAGUUUCUGGUGUAUUGCAGGUAAUCUGGAAACAGUGGAGGGAAGAGUGGAAUAUGAUACCCAUGAAUGUUGAUUUGUAUUUAUGUUCUAUUUUUGUGAUGUUAGUGCAUAAUUGUUGGAAAAAGAUGCUUGAGUAUGAAAAGUGUUCUUUUAUUAGGGUUUUAAAUUUUUUUUAGUUACUUCACAUAUUGAGUAAAACCAAAACAGAUGAAAGAAACUUGCUCUUAACUUAAGGUUAAAACGAGCCAUGCAUCCCAUUGUUUGACCUUGUCAGGAUAUAUUC